AGACGGCUGCGGAGGAAGCGAUGCCGUGAAUUAGCUUGGCCGCCUGGUUGCUAUGAUACGGUUGUCAGCGCGAGGUGCUAAGCUCCGAAGGAAAGCUGUUAAACGGUCCCCUUCGCCUGGCAGUCAGAGAGAAGUUUGAAAAAGAAAAAAGAAAACAAAAAUGGCAAGUAAUCACAAGCCUCUUACAGCACGUCCUUCUUCAAGAGCAGGAAUGGGUCAGGGAGCCAGACCGCCUUCAUCCUCAUUACGGCCUCCCUCCGCAGCUUUACUUGGUGGAGGAAUCCCUCCAGGCACUUCGAGGCCCGGUACUCGUGGUGGAUCCAUAGGUACUGGUGUGGUUUUGUCCUCUCAAAUUAAAGUUGCAGACCGUCCAGUGACACAGCAAGGGCUGAGUGGAAUGAAAACGGGAAUGAAAGGUCCACAGAGGCAAAUAAUGGAUAAAUCAUAUUACCUGGGAGUGCUUAGAAGCAAAAUAAAUGAGCUCACUGCAGAAAUUAACAAGCUUCAGAAAGAAAUUGACAUGUAUAAUCAGGAGAAUUCUGUCUAUCUAUCCUAUGAAAAAAGAGCAGAGUCUUUAGCAAGUGAGAUCAAAGAGUUUCAAGGACAACUAGCAGACUACAAUAUGCUGGUGGAUAAACUUAACACAAAUACAGAUAUGGAGGAAGUUAUGAGUGACUAUAAUCUGUUGAAAACUCAAAAUGAUCGUGAAGCUCAGGGCAUAGACAUCAUUUUUACAGAAAGACAAGGCAAAGAAAAGCUAAUUCAAGCUGUGGAAGAUGAAAUCCAGCAGGAAAAGCAGGCAGCGGAAAACAUUGUCAAAAAUAUGUCUGUAGAGGAUCAGACGAAAUAUAUGGAGACGGUAGUGACAAAUGAAAAACUUUUGCAGGACUUGUGUGCUUUACAACAAGAGCUGGAUGCUGCGAAUAUGAAAGAACAAGCUCUAGAAGGCGAAAUAGCACAUUCCCAGGUUAAACAGGAGGCCCUACAGCUGUAUGAAAAGCUUCAUGGUCUCGAAGAACAUCGGAAUCAAAUGAUUGCAGAGGACAAGAGUAUGGGAUCUCCCCAGGAGGAGCGAGAGAGGUUGCUAAAACAGGUAAAAGAAGACAAUCAAGAAAUAGCAAGCAUGGAGAGACAGCUGACAGACAUAAAAGAAAAGAUCAACCAACUUAAUGAAGGAAUACGGCAGCUUGACAUGGAUCUAGAGGAGCAGCAAGGUGAGAAAAACUUGAAAUACAAGGAGUUGAAGAAGAGAGAAGAGAGCAUGGACAACUUUCUUGAGUCUUUUGAAGAGACGAAGAACCAGGAACUGGAACGGAAAGCACAGAUAGAGGCCAAUAUUGUGGCACUUUUAGAGCACUCAAGCAGGAAUGUAAACCGUAUGAAGCAGAUAUCUUCUGUAACAAAUCAAGAGCUGAAGAUCAUGCAAGAAGACCUCACUUUCAAAUCAAGUGAAAUGCAGAAAUCACAGAGUACCGCUAAAAAUCUGGGUACAGAUAGUCAGCGUCUACGGAUGGACCUCCAGAAGAUGGGCCUGUUGGAAGGCAAGAUGGUUGAUGAACUCACAUCUCUCAAAGAAAAAAAUGAACAAAUGACCAAGGACUUGGAACUGUACAAUAAUCUUCCAGCUCUGAAAACAGCAGGAGAAGAAAAGAAAAAGAAACUGCAAGAAGAGAAAGAAACAUUAACAAAGCGCAGGGAUGCUUUUAAGAAAAUUAUGGAGCAUUUGAACAGAGAAUAUGAAGGCCUGAAAUUACAGCUUCAGGAGAAUGAGACUCAUUCGCAGCUUACAAAUUUGGAAAGGAAGUGGCAACACCAUGAACAAAAUAAUUUUGUCAUGAAGGAAUUUAUUGCAACAAAAAGCCAGGAGAGUGAUUACCGACCCAUAAUGAAGAAUGUGACUAAGCAGAUUGCAGAAUACAACAAAACUCUCAUAGAAGCUUUACAGAACAGCAGGAACUGAACCUAGGCAUUUCUUUUAUGUAUCAGUGGGCCAAUGAGAGAACUUAUCUAUAUGUACUUUAUGAAUGUUUUCAAGAUUAUUCUUGAAACUUGUACACAUAUACUGGAAUACACAGUAGCAAUUUUUGUGUGCCUAUUUCAUAAAUGCUAGAUAACAGAAACCUGGAACAUUUGCUUUUUCAAAAUGUACCUUCCUGAGUGUAAGCCUCUAUGUUCAGAUGAUGAUUCAUUGAAGAUACCCAGUUUACAUUAUUUUGCUGUUUUCAGUAAGCAAUUUUAUUUCAUUUAAGACAUUUUGAAAUACAGCUUCUGAUGGUAGAUUGAGACAGGCUUUAAUAUCCUUUCUGAUGUAAAGAUAUUAGUGGAUUAACUUAAACAGCAAAGAAAGUUAUAUUGAUGCAUAUGUUUCUACCCAUUUAUCUUACUCUAUCAGAAUUCUAAAACAGGGUGCAGGGGGGGUCUGAAUAGUAGAUACAGUAGUAUCCUGUAUGUAAUGAAAAGUAAUAAAAUAAACAAAUUCAAAAAGAAAUUAUCCAGCAAUAGGGUUUUCCAAAGAUUAUUAUAAGUAGCCUCCUUGAUCUUGAGACAGACCUACUCAUGAGUAAAGGCCUGUUUAUUAGUAAAGGCUAUGAGCAAGGCAAAAGUAGCAGAAAUGGGUGUG